CUAAACUGCUUCUCUUUUGUCAAUCAAGACUAUUGUGCUGACUCGGUAAGAGUGGACUGUUCCAAAGGGUGUUCAGGGUGGCUUCUGAAUACAAUGGCGAUCGGUGGAUAUGGAAGAUUUAACAGUCAGUGCCUAAAAGAAGCUUGACACAGAUCUGCGGAAGUUUCGCUCCUAUAAGGGCGGGUCAGUCAGAGACCUGCUGCGUGCAAUGAGGAACAAGAAACAUCAUUACCGAGAGUUGCCUGCUGAGGUCCAGGAGACUCUGGGCUCCAUCCCUGACGACUUUGUUAUUAUAAGUGGAUUUAGUACAGAGAGGUUUGGAAUUGUUGAAAAGACUUUGCUCAAAGACUGAAAACAGGAGUGAGGUCCAGGUACACGCCUCCCUUCAUGUGGCAUCUAGAACAGGUUUAUCAAACAAUUCUUCCUUGUUAAUCAUUUAAACUGAUAACACUCAUGGAAAGGUUAAUGCAAGGGUCUGACUCCACAGAGUUAUAUAAUGUGAUGAUACAUGGGGCAGCUCUAGUCAAACCGUUGAUCCCUGCCUUUUGUCAGCCCAUUUGGACGGAAUUAACUCUGUAAAUUCAGCUGUGAGCCUAACUAGGUUCCUCUUUCUCUUCUGCCCACUUCCUCUUCUAACUCACUUCAAAAGCCCCAUGUUUGUCCUAACUGCUCUAUAAAACUAUUAUUACAGAUGUACAUUUGUUGCUUCUCCUUUUUUGUUGCAGGACUUUUUAAAUAUGCUCUUUAUAUAGAGUCUUGUUAACAUUAUGAUGUUACUGCUAGUUUUACAUACAGGUAAAAGGUGACUGAUGCUGUUAUAAACAUGUUCUGUUGUGACCUGCUCAGUUUAAUCUUGAGUGUAAAGUUUCCAGUGGGGGUGAGUCUUGCUGGGGAGGGGGAAUACAUUUCCUCGAAAACGAAACCUGGUGGGCUGCGCAUGCGCAGUGGGUGCAGCCCACCAUUUUUAUUAAGAGAGAGAGAGAGAGAGAAAUUACAGCAGUCCUGCUUUUGAUGUUGAUCUCUAACAACGUCUGAAUAAAAUCCAGAUUUCUGUCACUAUCUAUCCAAGAUGGAAGUUGAUAAUAGGAGAAGCCAAAGUUGAUAAUGUGAAGAAGUAAGGAGAAAGAAAUCAUGGCUGACGAACUUGAGCAGUCACCCAAGGGUUGGAGUGAAUCUCAAGUAAGCGACUGGCUAAGAUCAAUUGGCGUGAAUAAGAAGUACAUAGAAAAGCUCCAUGAGGAAGAAGUAGAUGGACAAAUCCUUCUUGCACUGACGGAGGACUUUUUGAAGUCAAAGAUUGGCAUGAAAGCAGGGCCUUCUCUUUUGAUUAUUAAAAACAGAGAUGAGCUCAUCAACUCCAAGAAAAAGUCUCAAGAGAAGAAAAAUACCACUAGUGGCAAAAACCCCGAAUUGGAACAGAAAAACAUUGAUCAAAAAUCUGUUAAAUGUCUUCCCACAACAAGUGAAGGUCCUCUGGUACAGAUUCCUGAGAAAGAUCAAGCCGUCGUAAAGGAAAGACAAACAGCUCAGGUACCAUAUGCGUUGACUUCAAAAGAAGACUGCAGACCACGACCAUUUGAUCAAGAAGGGAUUGAUUUCAUAUAUGUAAAGCACAGAGUCCUGCAACCUGAAUCAGGUGCUUUUAAUCUGACAUCUCCAUGCCAUGAAUUUAAGUCUUUGGCAUUAGCUGUUACUUUGGAUCACACACGACUCCAAGCUAAGUUUGCAAAAGAGGUCCUUAAAUUUGCAACUGGCUGUAUGAAUAUCAGAUCAAAUGGCACAAUACACUUUGGUGUUAUGGACAGCAAGGAGAAUGCAGAAUAUGUGCAUGGUGAGAUAAUUGGUAUCCCUGUUCAAGAGAAAGACAUUUAUGUAGAUGCUUUGGACUACAUUGAAAGGAGUUUCUCUUCUGGCAGCGAGCAUGUACGUCAGUGUGUACGGCCACCAAGGUUCAUUGAGGUUAUGGAUCGAGAAAGUACAGAAAAGAGGUAUGUGUUGGAGGUUGACAUUGUGCCUUCAAUAAGUAUCGUUAAGAGCAAGGUGUUCAAAGUUCGUCUGCCAAACUUCAAAGCGUCAUCUAACAAAGUAGAAUUUGAGAAAGAAACGACUCUGCGGAGGGUGGGUUCAAAAACGGAACCAGUGCUCGACAAAGACAUCAGUGAUUUUUACGAGCAAGUCAAGCAUCGGGAUGCCCAAAGAGAAGAAGCAGAGAAAAAUCAGUUCCUUGGUGCCCCAGACUUCUGCCAAGACCUGGGAAGAAAACUGAAAAUGCUAAUGACUUGUGGGAAGAAAUUCAUCGAAAAGCAGAAAUGGUUCAUACUUGUCACAAACAAAUUCAACCCUGAUGACCUUUGCCACAUUGACUGGCUGCUUAACAUGAGCGUGUUCUGUGUGUUUGACUUUGACCCAGACUCAAAGAUAACAGGUCUUUGCAGCAAGUACCUUCAGCAUCAUGCUGCAAACAUGCAUUCUCUGCAGAGCUAUAGGAUAUCCAGUGACAUGAACAUCAAAGAAUUCACAAGCCACUUGCAUCUGUUUGAGCAAGCUAGCUGGAUCUUUUGUAAUGGCCGUACUGACUUUAAAGGAAAUGAACCUCCUUGUGAUGAGAUGACCUGGAUCAAGACAAAAAUGACUGUCCUGAGGGAAUCUGUGUCUAUGAUCUGUAAACAAAUCUUGCCAAAUGGGACAUUCCAGGUCGUUUUUCUUCUCACAUCACCAGUCGAGAAACCACUCUUGCACACCUUUAAUGAGUUCUUCACUGACAUGGAAGGCCAUGAAGACAUCAUCUGCAUCUGUGAAUCACAGACACACUUCCAGAAGUGGCAAAGCUUUGCAGAGGGGUCAUGUGGAACAGAAACUGUGAACAAUUCCAGUGUUGUUGGGAUGAAAAUGAGUCACGUUAACGCAACUCUACAGCAAAUACAAACUGUAAAAGCAUGCGCCAAAAAACACUUGCCAGUCUUUGUGAAAGGGACAUGUCUUCUUGAAACACUGGGAGAGGAACAGAUGUAUUCUCUGGAAAUUCUGACGGUCGAUCAUUGUGAUGAAACAAGCAAAGAGUUCAUUGAUGAGGAGAAAGUAAACAUUGACCAGCAGUUCUACCGUGGUGGUAGAAUAAACUGGUUGAAUUUCUGGCUUGCUGAGCACAAGUAUGUUGGUGACAUAAUUGAAAGAGAUGCUUAUCAUGAUGUUUCCAAACUUCUCAGUGACGAUUUGAAGUGGAAUGCAGAUCAAACUCCGGUGAACAGUAUAAACAUCUACCAUCAUCCAGGAAGUGGUGGAAGCACUGUCGCAAGACAAGUGCUGUGGAACCACAGGAAAGGUAUAAGGUGUGCAUUUGUGAAGCCUUCAUACGCUGCUGCUAUUGUUGCACAACAUGCAGUUCAAUUGAGAGAAUAUGAAGAAAAAGAUCAACAGACAUGUCUUCCUGUGCUGCUCCUCAUUGAAGACUCAGACAAAGAAUACCUGGAUGAUCUGAGGAACGAACUGGAGGUUGCCACCAACACCAAAAGAAUCCAGUAUGGAACUCUAUGUUUCAUUUUGUUGAGCUGCAGACGAUCCCAUGAUCCAGAGAAGAGAUGCAAGGAGUCUCCAUUACAGAAUGUGUCUGUCACUCACAAACUGUCUGAUCGAGAGAAGAGAAAGUUUGCUGGAAAACGUGAGGCACUUGAGGCACGAUAUGAACCUGAAUUCAUUCUGACAUUUGUUUUGAUGAGUGAAGGAUUCGAUGAGAAAUAUGUUCAAGAGUUUGUGGAACAUUUGCUCCAAGGCAUUGACCGCACAUCUGUUGCCACUAGACUCAUUCUCUAUGUUGCACUGCUGAACACUUAUGUUCAAAACUCUUUCAUCUCUCAGUCCCACUGUCAAGCUUUGCUUGCCUUGACCAUUCACUUGGAAAGGUUUCGCCAACAUGAGUUUGAGAAAUCACUGGGUGACCAGGCUAAGCUAGUCUUCUUGCACCUUAGAGAUGACAAUACGCACAUUGAAUCGAUCAGAAUCAUCCACCCUCUCAUUGCAAAGGAAAUUCUCCAACAACUUUUGGGGAACCAACAGACCCAAAGCAGUUGGGCAAUGAAUUUGCUAAGCGACACCGUGCUUUUUGAGCACAGAUUUGGAAGAGAUGAAUAUCUGUCAUUUUUGAGAGCACUUUUCAUAAGGCGAGCCAGGAUAAGCAAAGGGGACGAAUACGAUAGUUUUUUCUCUCCUCUGAUUGAGCAUGUGUGUGAAAAGGAAAAAAGCCCAGGCAAAGCAAUUGAGUUACUCAAGGAAGCGUUCGAGCGUUUCCAUAAAGAUCCAUUCUUUGCACAACAACUUGCUCGUCUUCAUUACACUUAUGAAAAGUUCGAAGAGGCAAAACACUGGGCAGAGACAGCAGCCAAACAGCUGCCCAACAACUCAUACAUACUCGACACAAAAGGGCAGGUGUACAGGAAGUGGUUCCAAGCUAAGUGCAAAGCUAUUGAGAAUGACAAUGUACCAAAGACAGCCCAGAACAUAGCAGAUGCUGUGGAGACUGCACUGAAAGCCCUGGAUUGUUUUCAAGAAUGUGAGAAAGCAGCUAACGCAGAAAUGGAAGACAUUAAUAGUUCAGGGUUUUUCUCUGAAGUUGAGGUUGGAUGCAGCCUGCUCAAACUGAUCUCUUCAUCGCAAGUGUUUGCAAACAGAGCCAAUGGCCAUUCAGAGUGUAUGAAGUACCUGUUGACAGACUACAUUCCGGAGGAAGUUGAAGAUGCCUGGGAACCAUUUCAUGGCCGUUUGAAAAAGCUCAACAACACAAUGCAAGAAGCCCUGGAAUGGAUUUCAGAAGACCUCAGUUACUUCCAGACAGACAUUGGUUUAGAUGGAGAAGAGACCCCUGAAAGUCCUGAGGAGAAGAGAAACCAUCCACUCAAAUGGUUGGCAAAAAAAUCUUCAGAGUAUGGGAAAUAUUUCAGUGAAGCUUAUUCUACUGCGCUUCAAGGGCAAUCAAUCCCAGCCAAUCUGACUCCUUUCCAAAAACGCAUGGUCAUCUAUCAUCUUGGUGGGGGGAACAUAACAGCCAUCCUCUCCAAGCUAACUGACCAGCGGGAUGCAGUGCGUCUCCUCGAGACCAUCAUUUCUCUCUACCCCAGUGAUCCAAAAAAGGCCAAAUUUGGUCAAAGGGACAUUGUCAAUUACAUAAUGGCCCACCUUACUCUGAACUGCCUUUCACCACAGAUACAAAAGGUCGCUCCUCUGAAAGAUCUGCAGGCACUUUGUCAUCAGUUCCCAACUGAUAAAAGAAAAUGUUUUCCAAACGCACUGUUCUUGCUUACCUUGCUGUUCUGGCCAGAGGAUCACGACACAGACCAUGAGAAAGAAACCAAAUAUGAAAUUGUGCAUUCAGCUGUUGAAUACCUGGAAAAAGGUUAUUGGACCAAGAAGAAGGACAUUCCUCAGAGGAAAAGAAGGAUUUACACACAUUUCUUUCUGGGCAGUGGGAACGGACUGGAUAAAUUUGUCCACAAGAAAAAGUUUGAAAGAGUCACAAAGGGGUUCUCAGUUUCUGAGAAACGCAUGAAGUGGUUGAGGGGUGAGGCAUGGAAAAAGCCUGAGAUCGCCACCAUGCUGAAGUGUGUUUCUGGAUGGACUGAAGAUGGAGUGGUGUACCUUGAAGGCCCUCGGAAAAAAAAGUUCAAUAUCCUGCCUCUUCAUGUACCAUCAGUGCCUCAUAGUAAUGAAAACAUCACGUUCUACCUGGGGUUCACAUUCCGAGGGCCCGUUGCCUGCAACAUCAUUGUGAAACAGUAGAUUGUACCAUGAUCCUGUCACAAAUGGCUGUACGUCAUCUUCAUGAAGCAUGGGAUUAAUAUUAACAGAUUAAAAAAAGGAGAGAGAUCAAGUCACACAAAUUGUUUUUCAAGGAACUAAUAUUUGUAAAAUACAAAACUCUAAAUGUUGAAGCAUGUGCUAUGGUACAAACUGUAAUUUGUUUUGCAAGAUAGUUUGUUAUCAAAAUUAUAUUAGUUUUUUUACAUCUUUUAUACUUGUAUAUGCAUAUGUGAACUGAAAAAUACAGCUAAAAGAUGAAUUGUUCACACCGUAAAAUGUUCAUAAACAUCUGGGCUUCUAGUACAUCAUGAUGGCUUAUACUAACUCUUCUGUAUCUUCCAGAAUACAAUAUAAAAAAGCAGUGGAACUAAUAGCAACUACAUUCAUUGUAAUUGUAUCAGUGUUUUAACAAUAAAUGUUUAAAGACCUAAGCAGCAACAUUAUGUACAGUUGGAGAAGAACGUGUCUAUCAUAUAUUAAUAUGCAACAGAAAAACAAGUGUAGUUAAUUGUGAAAGGAAACAUUUGAAUUAAAAAUUAAACUACAAAUUACGCCAGUACCUGUACUUAACUGGCUAUACUUUUUUUUUUACUGCUAUACUUAUAUUGAAUGAAUUGUUUUUGGUCGUAACAUGAAUAAGUAUUUGACUCUGUAAACAUAAGUGUUGCUGAAAUAUAUAAUGAAGAUCUUGUAAUACAAUAAACUUUUUUUCUUCAAUUCUA